CCCAUCACGUGACAGCUAUUAAUUCUCAUCUAAUUUCACUUGACUAAAAUGCUCCAUUCAGUACCUCACCACACCGCUCCCAUUCAAUCCAUUCACGUUUCAAUGCCUUUCUCUAGCACACUUCCCUCUAUACUAAAGAAAACUCAUGACCCCAUUUUGAAAAUCAUGCAGAUUCAUACACACUCGCACACGAACCUUUUCUCAUCAGAAUUCACACACUCAUGAAGGACAUACCUUUCUUUCUCCUCAAGAACUCAUUGGGAGCCAAGAUGAAGAAAGGCUUCAAAACCUUUUGCAACAACAACGGCUCAACCUCCACUCUCAACCAACAAAACAACCACAACCAAGGUGACUUCACAAGCAAGGUAACCCUAAGCUCCCCCCCUUCAAAGCAAAACUCACCAACACUAGAGGAUCUAAUACUACAACUAGAAUUGGAGGAAGAUAUGGCUAGAAAAGCCAAGCUUAAUGAGUAUAGUGGAAUGAGGGGUAGGAUGUCAUGUGUGAACAACUCUGACAUCUUGAGAUCUGCAAGGAAUGCCUUGAAUCAGUAUCCAAGGUUUUCACUUGAUGGAAGGGAUGCCAUGUACCGUUCUUCUUUUGGAAACAUGGAGGGAAGAAGAUCAGUUUGCAGUGAGACAAGUUUUGGAGGAGAGAAUAUUAGUGACUUAGAUCAUAAUAACAAUAAGGGUAUGUGUUGUUUUCCCCCAACACUAGCUGGGGAGAGUGUGGUGUGGUGCAAACCGGGGGUUGUGGCAAAGUUAAUGGGUUUGGAAGCCAUGCCUGUGCCGGUGGGUAGCAAAAGAUGUCACAACAAAGACAGGUUAAGUGCUAAUAUUAGGAGGCAGAAUCUAAGGAGGGGAUUUGAGAGGCAUGACUUAGAGAAAAGACUAUUAACAUUGGAGAUGCAGAAGGGUUACCAUCAUAACAUUAGAAGACACACCAAGAAUGGAUGUUGCUCUAAAAAUGGAUAUUGUAUUAUGAAACCGGUUUCUCUCAGUCACAGAGAUAUGCUUAGGCCUAGAAUUAUAUAAUAGUUUACUCUAUAGAACUUUCUAAUCUAGCUAGUAAGGUUUUUUGUUCUAUUUGUUGCAGUUGCGCAAAUGCAAGUAAUGCCUCGUGAGGCUAAUAAUGACACAAGUAUGGUUUUUGAGUUUUAUUGGUUUUACCCCUUUGGUUUUUCUUUUUGCUGAUGUACAUACACAAUAACACAUAUCCUUGUUUUUGUUAAUGCAAUUCUCCCUAUAUACAAGC